ACGACCCCAGACAAGUUGCUCACACAAUUUUGGGAAGUCGAAGAAGUUCCGAAAAAGCCUCUACCCUCAACUUCGGAUAUACUGUGUGAGCAACAUUAUCAAAAAACAACCCGAAGACACUCAACUGGGCGUUACGUGGUAACAUUACCCUUUAAAACCCCAGAAAAAAUAGACUUGGGCAACUCAAGACAUAUAGCUUUAGCUCAGUAUCUAAGAAAUGAAAAAUCCGUCUCUAGAAAACCUGAAAUAAAAACAGAAUACGACAAGGCCAUCAACGAGUACCUGGAACUCGGUCAUAUGACCAAAAUAGAGUAUGACCCCGCAGAGAAUACGAAAACAUACUAUCUACCACAUCACGCAGUCAUCAAACCCGAUCGCUUAACGACCCAACUGCGAGUGGUAUUCACCGCAUCAUGCCCCACCUCAAAUAGAAAUAGCCUCAACGAUGUAUUACACACUGGACCUAUUCUGCAAGCAGACCUG